AAUACUUAAUACCUUCGUAGGAUAGAUCCUCCUCCCUCACGAUUUCUGCACAGAAUGGAUACUCCCGGCCACGCCGAAACUCUCGAAGCGCUGCAAUCCCGUCACCGUACAGAGCAGCGUGACCUCGUUGCCCGCAUCACCCAGAAAAAGAAGUCAGCGACCAAGAAGACACGGAAAGGUGUGAAUGAGGAGUGCUCGCGCCUCGAGCAGGAGAUGGAGGAGCGACAGGCACAAGAACUAGCAGUGCUAAAUGGGGAUGAUCCGGCGGAAGAGCUGGUGAUGCAUGGGGAAGAAAAUCUGCAGGAGGCUGCGGACGAGGCCGCGAACGACGAGGCCGCGAGAACAAAUGGUGUCGAGCAGGCAAUGAAGAACGUGUCGCUAUCGUCAGGACAGCUGAAGGGUGCAGUGCAACCUCAACCCCAAGCUCAAUCGCAGUCGCAAUCGCAAUCGGAAUCGCAAUCACAAAACGAGCCAAGGAAACCCAAUCGCGCAAAAGCCCGCCUCGCCCGCCGCGCCGCUGAGCAAGAAGUCCUAGCGGCCAAAGCCGCCGAAGAAGCUGCCAACAUGCCCAACCUCCGAGAGCAGGAACGCACGCGCAUGCAGAAACACCUCGAAAAACACAGCCUGCGGGAGAAGACCAUACGAGCCGACGGUCACUGCUUGUACGCCGCGAUUGCAGACCAGAUGGAGACUGUGGGGUUGGGCUUGAAGCCUAAGAUGCAGCCCAGUUUUAUCGGAGAAGAGACAUUCCCGCCUUACAAAGUGGUUCGAUACGCGGCUGCCAAUUUCAUCGAGCAGAACCCGGACGGCUUUGUGCCAUUUAUGGAAGAGCCGUUCGAUGACUACCUGCAGAAGGUUCGGGAUACUGGCGAGUGGGGUGGGCACAUGGAAUUGAUGGCGCUGGCGAAUACAUAUGGUGUUAACAUUAACGUGCUGCACGGGGAUGGAAGAGUGGAUAAAAUCGAAACUGGAGAGAAGAGCGCCAUUGAAGAGGGGAAGGAGAUCUGGCUGGGGUACUAUCGACAUGGAUUUGGGCUAGGCGAGCAUUACAAUUCCUUGCGGAAGGCACCUUGA